AUGCCUGCGCCGGCGGCAAACAAGCGCGUCAAGGUGCGUCCCACCACUCCAGGUUUCAUCGGCUCCGAGGCCUGGGCGCUGCCGCCGCUGGGCCACCCCGACCGCCCCAAAGGCAUCCCCGACGACCACACCAAGCGCUGGACCGUGUACGUGCGGCAGCCCGACGGCGACCCCUCGCUCUCGACCUGGCUCAACAAAGUGCAAUUCAAGAUCUUCAACACGUACGAGAACCCGCUGCGCACGUGCGACAACCCGCCCUUUGAGGUCACCGAGACGGGCUGGGGCGGCUUCAGCAUCGACAUCCGGCUGCACUUCACGCCCAUCUCGGGCGAGAAGGCGCAGUACCGGCAGCACUUCCUGCAGCUGGAGAAGUACGGCACCGAGGAGCAGCAGAGCGCGCAGGAGCGCACGGGCUGCGUGCGCUCCGAGUUCCUCGAGGUCGUGCACUUCAACGAGCCAACCGAGGCGCUGUACGACGCCCUCACUGCCGAGGACCAGUGGGCGCAUCUGGUCCCCUCGAAGGCGGGAGGUGGCAGCAAGAAGGCGAGUCUGGGCGCGAACGGCCGGCUGAAGCGCGGACUGCCCAACGGCGAGCGCAGCGCGCAGUUGCCGGAGAAGGGCGCCGAGGAUGUGCCGUUCAGCCAGGAGCACGAGCAGGGGCUGAUUGACUCGCUGAUGGCGAAGAUUGCGCAGGUGGAUCGCGAGUUGGAGAAGGAGAUAGCCAGGCGCGAGAAGACGGAGAACACGCUCAAGGCGCUGAGGGAGGAUUUGGGGCAUGAGGCUGCGCAGCAGGCGGCGCAGCAGGCGUCGGGCGAUAGGAGUCGCAGGCGGUGA